AUGUGUCUACUACUUUCAGUGGGACACAUACACUGCAGAGUAACAGCACCAGCGGUUCUGAAAGCUCCUGCGGACAAGCCCUUCACGCUGACCUGCACCGUCUCCAGAGAUCGAGGUGAAACUGUGAAGCAGGUGCAUUGGCUGGAUGUCCAGAAUCAGACCCUGCUGAGCUACCAGCCGGGAAACAAAGACAGCGUGAGUGGACAGCAGCACGUAGAGCUGUCCUCCUCGUCGAAGGACACCUCAGCCAUCACCAUUCGCAGGGUGGGCUUCCGGGAUGAAGGCUGCUACACCUGCAUCUUUGAGCUGCGUCCUUCUGGUUCAAAGCAGGGACAGACAUGUCUCACUGUUGAUGCCCAAGUCACUUCUGAGCGAAACAAAACAGCAGUGAGUGGAAAGAAGGCCUCCCUGUCCUGCUCCUACGGUUUGCCUGAGAAGGUGAAGCAGAUUAUUUGGUUUCAUAAUCCUGCUGGAGGCCCGUCUAGAGAGGUGGCCUCAUACGCCAAGAGGAGUGACCCCAUGAUCGAGCCUGCGUACCAAGGAAGGGUUUGGCUCACCGCCUCCCUGUCCGACAGUCAGCUCACCAUCCAGCCUGUUGCUGUCCAGGAUGAGGGCUGCUACACCUGCCAGUAUGAAACCCAUUCUGAUGAAACAAAGAGCGCCGUGGUUUGCCUCUCCACAUACGUUUUGCCAAAACCUCAGGUGAGCUACAGGACCAUCUCUCCAGGUGUAAUUGAAGCCAACUGCACUUCGGUGUCUCGCCCCCCGGCUGAGAUUGUGUGGAACGUGGAGACGGACAACCGCACCAUGGGUGCCCCUGCGACCACACAGCUUCCCCAGGAGGAUGGGACGACUCUGGUCAUCAGUACACUCACUGUCCGAUCAGGGCUGCUGAAAGAUGUCUCUGUCAAAUGUUUGGUGCACCACAAGGGGCUUGAAUCUGCCAUUGCUGUUUCCAUGAACACAAAAAUCGGCACAGCUCUCACCAUCCUGAUCUCAGUCACCACCGUCGCAGCGCUGCUGGUUAUGUCUCUCUGCUUCUGCCUUUGGAAGUGUUUUUUGCGUAAAGAAGAGAAUUAAUCCUGUACAUGGAACCAGAAGCUGAAAAGAAAAGGCCCUAUGAGACUGCUGCAUCUUCAUCACCAUCAGCUGCAGUGUGUGGACGCAGAAGGAAGACGUUUUUAAACGCCUUCAGAGGAAGAUGUGCAGUACAA